AAUUACUCUCUGAGACUAUGUGGCCACUUUCUACUGUCUGAUGGCGACCAGUGCAUUGACUCCUGCACAAUAGGCCAGGUGGAGGAGAUACAAGAAGGAUACCUGCAGCAACACCAACAAAAGACGUCUUCUAGUUAUACAAGGAUUGGCACCAGUUCAGGCCAUUCUGAGUAGAUGGAGCCAGUACUUGAGGACAGAGACAGCCCUCACUCUGAUGCCUGGUCAGGCUCUAACACCCCUGCUGAGCUCGAUGACUUCCAGGAUGAAGACUCUUAUGAGGAGAGUGAAGUGGACCCUAUGGGGCUCAAUGAUCUAACCCAGGACCAGCAGGAUGACCUGGACCAAGACCCAAGUGGGUCCCCACUCCCUUCUCAGCAUCCCCAGGACUCCCUCUCUGACUACAGUGUUGAGGAGCCCAACCCUGGCAGGGAGCAGUAUGAUGGCUCCGACCCUCCAUCAGACCUCCAUACUCAGGAGAGGAGCAGCGACUCUCCUGUGUUCUCCCACGGCUCAGACGCUGAACCGCGUUCUCGUACGCCCUCUCCUGUGUUCUCCCACGGAUCAGACGCUGAACCACGUUCUCGUACCCCCUCUCCUGUGUUCUCCCACGGCUCAGGCGCUAAACCGCGUUCUCGUACCCCCUCUCCUGUGUUCUCCCACGGCUCAGACGCUGAACCACGUUCUCGUACCCCCUCUCCUGUGUACUCCCACGGCUCAGACGCAGAACCGCGUUCUCGUACCCCCUCUCCUGUGUUCUCCCACGGCUCAGACGCUAAACCGCGUUCUCCUACCCCCUCUCCUGUGUUCUCCCACGGCUCAGACGCUAAACCGCGUUCUCGUACCCCCUCUCCUGUGUUCUCCCACGGCUCAGACGCUGAACCGCGUUCUCGUACCCCCUCUCCUGUGUUCUCCCACGGCUCAGACGCUGAACCGCGUUCUCGUACCCCCUCCCCUGCUCAGGAGGCCUUUACUGACCGUGAUUCUCCGGGGCCUUCUCAGGGCGACCUCGCAUACUCUGACUCUUCCUUAUCUGGUCAGGCGGUGACCCGGCCUGACCUGAGCCGCAGGGGUGGCACAAGCUCACCUGAGGAAGAGGAAGCAGGAGGCAGAGGAAGCACAGGGGACGAGGAAGGCGAGGGAGGAGGGCGAUCACAGGCACCUCCUGCUUGCGUUUCCUUUGGCAUUCCUGUGCAGGGUGCUGAGGCGGCAGAGGACUUGGGCUCAGAGGGAGAGAGAGAUCUCCACAGAGCCAGCAGGAACGGGGCAAGAGACGCACGGCUGAGACGGAGCCAGAGCCAAUCUGAGAAACAGCAGAAGGAAGCCAAGUCUAAAUGUAAACGUAUUGCUUCGCUCUUCACCAAUGCACCAAACCCCAGGAACAAGGGGGUGUUAAUGUUCAAGAAGCGUCGCCAAAGGGUUAAAAAGUUUACUCUUGUGAGCUACGGGACAGGACAGGCUGACUUUGAGAACGAGGGAGGCAGUGGUGAGUACGAAGACUACAGAUACUACAACAAAGAAGGACAAAGUAUCAGGAUCACCCUCUCAACGCCGAGUGAUCCUGAAUUUGAGGACGACUACUACUUUAAUGCACAAAGCUCAGAGGCUGAUUUGAACUACAAUUACAACUGGGAUAUCGAGCAAGUCAACACACCAGAAGCAUUCAGUUGGGAAAACAUGGAGCACCUUCCACAGACGAAGGGAAAAGGAGUGUCAAUGUUUGCGCAGCGACGUCAGAGGACGGAUGAGAUUGCUGCAGAGCAUGAGGAGAUGAGACGCAGGGGCAUUCCUGUGGAAGGUGUCAGGAACCCAGAACCUGAAACCACCAAUCCUUUUACUCCCGAGGAAUGCUAUGCCAGUCAGGCCUACAUGGAUGCCGGUACUCACCAACAUCAAGAACAGCCGCAGCAGCAACAAUACCAGCCACAGCAGCAACAGUAUCAGCAGCAGCAAUACCAGCCACAGCAGCAACAGUAUCAGCAGCAGCAAUACCAAGGGCCAGAUUAUCCUUACUCUCCCAAUGGCAUGAAUGGUCUGGAUUCCCUCCAGUUUGGAUCUGGACCCAAAGCUGUGGCAAACAGAACCGCCAAACCAUUCUUGGGUGGCCAACGUAGAGCACCGGCCACCUUUUCACCAAUGCGUGGAGUCUCAAGCCCAACUCCAAAGAGACCAGAGCACAUUUUUAAGGUACCUGUUCCUGUCAAUACAACCGCACAGGUUUGGUCUCCAACUGGAGACAUUAUUGCUUCCCGUGAUGAACGUAUUGCUGUUCCUGCCUUCAAAACAGGGACCUUGCCAGAUUCAAAAAGAAGAGGGGCAAACAAAGGUGGCUCAAAUACAAAUGUGAAUCCUCAACUUCAGAGGAAAGGUGACCGGAGAUCAUUCAUUGAGUCUGGUCCUGAAGAAGACUACCUUAGCCUUGGGGCAGAAGCAUGCAACUUUAUGCAAGCACCACGGGUUAAGCACAAGACGCCCCCACCUGUAGCCCCUAAGCCUACCAUAAAUCCAGCUUGUCCACCUUGGUCUGUUGGCACUUCGACACAUAUGCCUCUCCAAGCCCCACGCAGCCCCCGGCCUGCGUCCUCCCCAGGUCCUGCUGGGAUGCCCACAAUGACGCCUGGUCACAUCUACCCUCCAGCACAACCAAACUGGGCUCCAAAGCAAGAGCUCCAACCAGCAACCAACACAUGGGGUCUGUCUCCAUCUACAACUCAAGCAUAUCCCCAGGCAGCUGUAAACCACUGGGCACCUGCGAGUCCACAACCUCAGCCUGCCUGGAUGCCUCAAACACAGCAAGCCCCAGUGAGUAUGCCAUCUGUUAGCUCAACACAGGCUGGUCCAACCCAGUCAAAGGCCGCAUGGACAAAACCCAAAACUGAUGUUAAUUCUGUAGCAUCUUGCCCCCCAGCCCAACAUGGUCCCUCCCACUUCCACGCAUCCAAGGCACCACCUGCUUCUUCCAAGGGACAUGUCUCUGAAACAAGCACUCACCCACCAUCUGAUGGGCCAAACUUGAAGGGUAAAGGUGCAGAACUGUUUGCUCGGAGGCAGUCCCGUAUGGAGAAGUUUGUGGUGGAUACUGAAACUGUGCAAGCCAACAAAGCCAAGUCCCCUUCGCCAACUCCUUCACUGCCAAGCACCUGGAGAUACUCACCAAAUGUUCGUGCUCCACCUCCAAACUCUUACAAUCCCAUUCUCUCCCCCUCUUAUCCCCCUGGAGCAGUAAAGCAGCCCCCUUCAACUAGCCCUAAAAUAAAGCCCAAACCAAAGAAGGAGAAACCCAAACCGGUCCCUAAACACCUCAAUGCCCUAGAUGUUAUGAAACACAGGCCCUAUCAGCUUGACUCCUCCCUCUUCAUGUAUAGCUCCGCUCCAGAGGUGAAAGAUCCUAGUCCCAAAUCCUCCCCUGUUCCCCCUCCUGCUCAGUCUCCCCAGGUCCCCACCCAUACCUCUCCAACUAAAGCCUCCCCUGUCCCUCACGCUGAGUCUCCCCAGGUUCCCACCCAUACCUCUCCAACUAAAGCCAACCCGCCGGUAAGUCCCUCCUACCCUUUCUCUCGACAGCCUGGCCAAGCUGAUGAGGCACUGGACGAGAAGCUUCUCACAUCACCUGCCAUGCAUGAUGGUCCUGGCAGCCAAGGCCAAUCCAACUCCUAUCCGCUAUUUGCUCUGUCUUACACACCUUCUCGCAAACCUGCUGGCAGUUCCUAUUCGCUUACCUCAUCAUCAUCAUCCUUCACCUCUGAUUUAAUCUCAAGAUGUGCUCUACCACUGGCCCCAAGACCUAAAUUUUCAGCUAAAAAAACAGCUGUCACAGCUAAACAAUGGAAACCGGUAGUUAUGCAACACUAGGUGAUGUUAGAGAAUCUGUCAGGUAGUAUCGACAAAAAAAUAGUUGAUCUGAUUGAUUUGAAAAAUUAGCUCCCACAUGAAUUGGCAAUUAAUAAUAAUAAUAAUAAUAAUAAUAAUAACAAUAAUUGAAACCUGACUUUGAAUGUUUUGAUUUAAGACCUUUUAAACGUCACUUCAUGUGGUCGUAAAUAAAAGUGUUUACACCAGUGUAGUGUGCUUUGCAGGAACAGCCCAGUAAAUGACAGACCACUGGUCCUGGUGCAUAGGUAUAACAAAUCGUUUGUUGUAAAAGAGAGUUUUAAGAAAGUGAAACCAGAGAGUGACAGACAUGAUAGAAGUACACUGAGGUUGUACAGACAUGAUAGACAUGAAGUACACUGAGGUUGUACAGACAUGAUAGACAUGAAGUACACUGAGGUUGUACAGACAUGAUAGACAUGAAGUACACUGAGGUUGUACAGACAUGAUAGACAUGAAGUACACUGAGGUUGUACAGACAUGAUAGACAUGAAGUACACUGAGGUUGUACAGACAUGAUAGAAGUACACUGAGGAUGUAUAGACCAGCAUUUUGACUGCUGAAGGUGCACAAAAGUGCAUACACAAAAGAAUAUGUAUGGCUUUGACAUCUGUAAUAUCAGAGACGCAUUGCAAAGAAUUCUCAGGAAAUGCAAAAGUAAUUAAAGUGUAUACCCCUUAAUAAAUGUUCGUAAUGUGAUCUCACUAAUGGUCCUUUAAGUGCCAUAUUUAUGAGUGUGAAUGUGCGGAGUGUGUAUCUGUAUGGCAUUUGUAGAUAAAUAAGUCAGCAAGCAAACAUAAUGCCAGAAUGCUACACAGAAACAAAACAAAUCUGUCCAGAGGUGUAAUGCAGCAGUGUCUGUUUUAGUUGAGUUCCUCUUGUCCCCUGAACGUGUUUCAUGUAGGGUGCUUUAGUGAGCCCAAAAGAAUGAAGAGUACACAAAUCAACAUGUCAGCGAUUUUGAACAAGCUAUAAAUAGACUGGUGGCAUAAUGUUUCAAAACAAGACUGCAUGGUGGUUUCAAGGAUACGAGUGUGCUGAACAUUACCAACAUUUUAACUAUUUGAUUUAUAUUAAAUAUAAGUGAGUGAGAAAUGAAGAGAGUGCUGUUAUAUCAUAUUUACUGGCACUACCAAAACUCGUCAAAUAUACUCCCGGAGAGACUCAGUAAUUAGUCCUCAGAAUUAGAAUCAGACUUCAUUUUUUUGAAUUUCAAAGAAGUAUGAAUAAUAAUUUGGAAACUAAAAUCUCACGCUUUGCUAGUCUCAUUCCAAACUGUGUGGUGGAGUCAUAAGCUGCACUGACUCUGGCACAGUGUAAUGCCCACCACUCUGUAAAUGUAGAUUGUUUUUGUUGACGCCGGUACACCUCUUUUUUACUUCCAUUAUGUACUGUAACUGGAAGCUUACUGUGAAAUAUUAGCAUGAAUCAAUGUGAGUGGCUCAGUAUAAGACAAUAACAUUUCCUGCCACAAUCUAUUGAAUGAAAUGAAACUGAAUAACCCAGAUCCCAUGCAUCACAUUACAUAAUGGAAGUACUAUGCUUUACUUUGCUGCUGAGAUAUUUGUAAUGUUUUUCUGUCUGUAUGAAACUUGAAAAAAAUCUUUUCUGUCCUUUCGUUUCUUCUUUUAAAUAUUGCACUUCCUGAAUUCUUCUUCUGCUAUUAAACAUCCCUUUGAAAUGUUUACAUGUCUUUCCUCUCAUAUUGUUGUCUCCUCAUUCGAGAUCUUUCACACACCUAUCUGCUUGUAUCACGUGCACAUAUGUCUUGUCUGCACUUUUUGUAUGUUCAGUCUGUUCAUGUUUUCUGUCAAGACGUGAUAAGUUACAAUUUAGACAUGACUGUAGAUCCACUGCUAUUGAGAUACUAUUAUUAGUGAAGCAUGAAACAGAGGCACAUCCAAAUACUGAUUCUUUUUUAUUGGUUUCAGUUCAUUUGAUAGAUAGUGUGCCAGAAAAGGACUGAUGAUUUUCACCGAAUAUUCACAGAAAAAGCUAACCGUUCUGAAAUAAAUGAACCAUUCAUAUUUAAACAUA